AUGGCGGACCAACAGCCCACAAACGGCCAGCCGGCCCCUACUCAGGACCCCAAGGCAUCGAGUGACUACAUCCAAUUCCCAUGCCUGCCGCCGGGUGGCCCUCUGAACCGAUGGUCGACAAAGAUUACAAGAGGACAUGAUUACCCCGGCGCUCAGGCCAUGCUUUACGGAGCCGGUGUGCCGAACCGGGAAAUAAUGAAGAAUGCACCUCAAAUUGGCGUUGCCACAGUCUGGUGGGAGGGCAAUCCUUGCAACACUCAUCUCCUCGAUCUCGGACGCAUCGUCAAGAAAGCCCUAGAGAGGGAGAAUAUGAUCGCGUGGCAGUUCAACACAGUCGGUGUGUCCGACGCCAUCACCAUGGGCGGCGAAGGCAUGCGCUUCUCUCUCCAAACCCGUGAACUCAUAGCCGACUCCAUCGAGUCCGUAACGUGCGCGCAGCAUCACGACGCGAAUAUCAGUAUUCCCGGCUGUGAUAAGAAUAUGCCCGGCGUCGUCAUGGCCGCCGCCCGCCACAACCGGCCCUUCAUCAUGAUUUACGGCGGCACCAUCCGCAAAGGUCACUCAUCACUCCUGGAGAAUCACAUCAACAUCAGUACCUGCUACGAGGCUUCCGGAGCGCUCGCCUACGGCCGUCUGAAUGCAAAGACAAACCCGGGGGCAAACGGGAGGGAGAGUGAGGAUGUCAUGGAGGAUAUUAUACGACACGCUUGUCCUGGGGCUGGUGCAUGUGGUGGGAUGUAUACUGCCAAUACAAUGGCUACUGCUAUUGAAGCUAUGGGUUUGAGUCUGCCUGGCUCAUCUUCAUUUCCUGCUGAAUCCCCCGAGAAGGCAAGAGAAUGCGAACAAGCCGCCGAGGUGAUUCGCACUACAAUGGAAAAGGACCUUCGACCGAGAGACAUCAUGACACGUGCAGCCUUCGAGAACGCCCUAACCCUAACCAUGAUCCUCGGCGGCUCGACAAACGGCGUCCUACAUUUCCUCGCUAUGGCUAACACGGCAGAUGUACCCCUGACUCUUGACGAUGUCCAGCGUAUAAGUGAUCGUACGCCCUACCUAGCAGACCUCGCCCCUAGCGGGAAAUACUACAUGGAAGACCUAUACAAAGUUGGCGGCACACCGUCCAUUAUCAAGAUGCUGAUUGCCAAAAACGUCCUCAACGGCGACAUCAUGACUAUUACUGGAAAGACGCUCGCAGAGAACGUUGCAAGCUGGCCAAGCCUAGAUCCUGGCCAGCAGAUAAUCCGCCCCUUAGAAGAUCCUAUCAAGGCGAGUGGGCACAUUCGCAUCCUCAAGGGGAACUUCGCGCCUGGCGGUGCCGUGGCCAAGAUCACAGGCAAGGAAGGGCUGAGUUUCACCGGCAAGGCUAGAGUAUUUAACAAGGAACAUGAACUCGACGAGGCGCUCUCCAAGGGCGAAAUCAAACGCGAGGACGGCAACCUAGUCCUCAUCGUGCGCUAUGAGGGCCCCAAAGGCGGCCCCGGUAUGCCAGAACAGCUGCGCGCGUCAGCAGCGAUAAUGGGUGCGCAACUAACCAACGUGGCCCUCGUAACCGACGGACGCUACAGCGGCGCUUCGCACGGGUUCAUCGUGGGCCACGUCACCCCCGAGGCAGAGGUGGGCGGACCGAUUGCACUGGUGCAGGAUGGUGAUGUGGUGACAAUUGAUGCCGUGAAGAAUCGCAUUGACAUGGACGUGAGUGCAGAGGAGCUGCUGAGGAGGGCGCAGAGCUGGAAAGCGCCGGAGAGGAGACCGAAGAGGGGUGUUCUCGCGAAGUAUGCAUGCUUAGUUGGAGAUGCUAGUCAUGGGGCUGUUACUGAUUCUUGGUAA